AACAGAGUUGAAUGAAGUGGUUAAAUUCUCUUUGGUUAGAGUUUGUAAACACAGCGGUAUUUUUUUGAUAUAUGUUAAAUAAUACUGUAAGACAUAAGAAUUAAAUAUGAGUAGUAAGCCGAACUCAAAACGUACGAUUUAUGUCGGUGGAUUAGCAGAAGAAGUUGAUGAGAAAGUUUUACAUGCCGCUUUUAUACCUUUCGGUGAUCUUGUUGAUGUACAAAUACCGCUAGACUAUGAGACGGAAAAACAUAGAGGGUUUGCCUUUAUUGAGUUUGAAAAUGCCGAGGAUGCUGCUGCUGCUAUUGAUAACAUGAAUGAUUCUGAAUUGUUUGGCCGCACUAUAAGGGUAAAUGUUGCUGCACCACAGAGAAUAAAGGAAGGAUCAACAAGACCUGUUUGGUCGGAAGACAGCUGGCUUCAGAAACAUGCGGGUGAAACACUUGGAGUAGCCAAAGAUAAUGAAGAAAACAAUGAGACAAAGGAUAAAACUGUUGCAAUCAGUCCGGCUGCCCCUAAACCAACAGAGAAGAGAAACCCGCAAGUGUAUUUCGAUAUUUGCGUGGGUAAGCAAGAAAUUGGUAGAAUUAUAAUGAUGAUCAGAGCAGAUAUUGUGCCAAAAACAGCAGAAAAUUUCAGAGCCUUAUGCACUCAUGAAAAAGGAUUUGGUUACCAAGGAAGUAGUUUUCAUCGGAUCAUUCCAGACUUUAUGUGUCAAGGCGGUGAUUUUACAAAUCACAAUGGAACGGGAGGUAAAUCAAUAUAUGGAAGGAAGUUUGAAGAUGAAAAUUUCGUAUUGAAACAUACAGGACCCGGUAUUUUAAGUAUGGCCAACUCCGGACCGAAUACAAAUGGAUCUCAGUUUUUUCUUUGUACGGCUAAGACAGAUUGGCUUGACAAUAAGCACGUGGUAUUCGGUCACACAAUAUCGGGGCUGGAUGUUAUCAAGAAAAUGGAGAGAUACGGCAGUAAGAGUGGGACAACCUCAGCCAAAGUUACCAUAAGCAACUGUGGAGAAUUACAGUGAUAUAUCUAUUUAAUAAA